AUGCUCAACCUUAUUAAUGGCACAGUCAAGUAGAUUGAAGAAACCACCUUAAAGGUCUUGGUAUAUUAAACUCUAAACAAAGGAAGGUCUAAUGAUCGCUUUUCCCAAACCCUUCCUCACCUCAUCUAAUUGCUCCAUUCCGCUUUGAUAUCCCAUCUUCUUCACGUGCUUCUUUUUCGUGACGGUGUAGGCUCCCAAGAAUUCAUCCAUAAUACCAUCGAAGUCUCCUCUAACAGGGCCAGUUACACUCGAUACCGACGAAGCCAUCGAUCCGAAAUCGUCGUCGCCAUUGUCUUCAUUGUAUCGUUCCUCAAGUUUCUCGAAUCUCGAGUCCAAAUCUGUCAACCCCUCGGUACGGAAAACCGACGAGGAAGUCAUCGAGUACUGUGACGGGUUGGUCAGAGCGCCCUUCCUCUUCUUCCUCCUCCCACCAUUCGUAGUUGUAGUCAUCAUAGACGACUGAAUAUCCGACUGUCCAGGCAUGGCAAAAGCAACCUGUUUCUUGCCGUCCUUCUUGAACUUGCUAAACUCCGCCAUCCAGUCUCCGUCUCCGUGGUCCUCCCGGUCAUCAUCUCCCACAUGAUCGGGCGCAACUGGCGCAUCUUUAUAUUCCUUUGACGGCUUCGCUGUGGCAUCCGACUCCCAUCCUUCUUCAUCCUCAUCCCAGGCCUCGUUCUCAAAAGUGUGAUCAUCAAGCUCCUCUCCAUCUUUCGCAAGUUGUCCGAAUAUCUCGUCGUCUUCGUCAACGUAUGCAUCGUCUUCUAACGCUUCCAGAACCUCCCUUAACCUCGGGUCCAUAUCUGGUUGGAAUCCUGCCAGCGCAUCGGGGACUUCCUGCUGUGCUUGAUAUGUGACCUUCCGUAGAUUCUUCGACGGUAAUAUCUCCUCGUCCAGGACAAUCUCCGACUUGUCGUCAAGGCUAGAGCUUCUUAGGGCAUCCUCCAACGAAAGCUUUUCCUUCCCUUUGCUCUUAGCUUUCUGCAAACUCGGCGCCUCAACAAAAUGUGUCUCAGCUCCUCCACUCCCGAUGUCGCGCAUAUGUUGCAUGUAGUCAUAUUCGGUGUCAUCGUAGUAAAUCCCAUGGUUGGCAGCCUCGCCUUCGUUGGCUCGUAUCCUUCCGCCAUCGCUGCCAAAUUCCGAGGUUAAAUCGUCAAGCUUCUUGAUCUUAUUCGAGUUUGCGACCUCCGUAGGGUUCAAGAUCAUAGAGGAAACGGUUUCAUCGUGAAUGAGAGGGUCAUUUUGCGGCCUGUGGACAAGCGUAAAGUGCUGUGCCGACUUCUUAUCGCUGGUAACGUGUUAGUGCGUCAGGCUUCAUUUGAGGCCGCCGAUACUUACAUCCAACCUCGGCGACCCAUUUUGUGUGACUCUUCUGAAAAUCGUGGCGGAGUGAGGUUUAUAUGUGGACUACUCAGCGCAUCUGUUCCAAGAGGUCUUGGUAGAGAAAGUUUUAGGUGAUCUCGAAAUUUAGUACUGCGGGGAGAAAAUUGGGCAUCGAUAAACUUUUGCCACCCCGCCUUAUCAAUACCUGCAAAACCUCGUUAAUACAUCAUACCCCUCCUCACGACAUAAAUAAACCACAACAAAUAGGAAUAAAUAUACAGAGCCUACGUCAAUAUGGUGCUGGCUAAGUCGAAGAAGGCUGUCGGCCUCGGAAACAGUCUGAUGAACGACCGUUUCGGAAAAGGCAAGGGAGCAGACAGAAAGAAAGUCACUUCCGCAGGAAUUCACAGAAUCAACCAUGCAACAGGAGAGACAUAUGUCACCAACGAGAGAAAGGAGGCCAGUUGGGUCAAGAUGCGCUCUGUUACCGAACAAGCUGCCCUGGACGAGUUCUUAUCGACAGCAGAACUCGCUGGAACCGAUUUCACAGCGGAGAAGAUGAGCAACGUUAAAAUUAUCCACACCGACCAGAAGAACCCAUACUUGCUGUCCGCAGCAGAGGAGAGAGCCGCUGUUGGAAAGCAAAAGGAGCACUCCGACAAGUUGACAGUGCCUAGACGACCACAUUGGGAUGCCUCGACGACGGCGGAACAACUGGAUCGUGCGGAGAGGGAGGCCCUUUUAGAGUGGAGACGCGGGCUUGCAGAGCUACAAGAGCACAACGAUUUGCUCCUUACACCUUUCGAACGCAACUUGGAGGUUUGGAGACAAUUGUGGAGAGUUAUUGAGCGUUCGGACUUGAUCGUUCAGAUUGUGGAUGCAAGAAACCCUUUGCUAUUCCGAUCUAUCGACUUAGAAAGAUAUGUCAAGGAUGUCGACCCAAAGAAGGAGAACUUGCUGCUAGUCAACAAGGCUGACAUGAUGACACUGGCGCAGAGACAGGCGUGGGCCGACCACUUUGAAUCAGCUGGGAUUGCAUACAAGUUCUUCUCUGCCCACCUCGCUAAGGAGAUCAAUGAGGCUAGAUUGGAGGAGGAAGAGGGAUCCGAAUCUGAAUUCGAGGAUGAGGAGGAAGCUGGGCUGAGGAACAAAGCAAAGGGGUUGAGCUUAAGGGACGAAGAGUACAGCGAAAAGGAUGAUGACGUGCGGACUCAUAUCCUUACUACGGAGGAGCUAGAGGAACUUUUCCUGCGCCAUCUUCCAGCCUCUACAGGUGAUUCAACAGACGAGUCAAGAAAGACACAGAUUGGACUUGUCGGAUACCCUAACGUGGGAAAAUCUUCGACUAUCAACGCCCUCAUCGGUGCAAAAAAGGUGUCUGUCUCCGCGACUCCCGGAAAGACAAAGCAUUUCCAGACCAUCCAUCUCUCUGAGAAAGUCAUUCUUUGCGAUUGCCCCGGAUUGGUUUUCCCUAACUUUGCGACUACCAAGGCAGAACUUGUCUGUAACGGCAUCCUGCCUAUUGAUCAACUACGUGAGUUCACUGGCCCUGCUGGCCUUGUGACGAAGAGGAUCCCUCAGCACUUCUUGGAGGCGCUCUAUGGAAUCAAGAUUGAAACGCGGCCGCUCGAAGAAGGCGGAACUGGCAUUCCUACGGCGGAGGAAAUGCUCAUGGCUUAUGCAAAGGCGAGAGGUUUCACAAGAACUGGUCAAGGCCAGCCCGAUGAGUCAAGAGCUGCGAGAUAUGUCCUCAAGGACUAUGUCAGUGGCAAGAUUCUCUUCUGUAUGCCACCGCCAGGCGAUAUUGAUCCAUACGACUUCAACCGCGAGCUUUACGACGAUGGGAAUCUUCCAGAGAAACGCAGAAACGCUCUCCAUGCAAUGAGCUCUGAUGAUCACGAUGAUAUGCAAUCGCUCGCUGACUCGACGCUGUCGGGAUACGAGACGGGACCAAAGACAACGAAGAUGGAUGGCGCCUUCUUCGGUCAAGGUCAAGGAAACAAUGCGCAUCUCAGAAUGCCUUUCGCACACAAGUAUACUGAACAGGGCACCGCUUCUGGAAAACUACUCAGUGGGCGGAAGCAACGGACCAUGGCAGCCUUGGAGAAGGAUGUUGAUCCAAAAGAUGCCAAGUUAUUGACCAGUAAGAAACACUUCAAAGGAGGGGUACAGGGGAAUGGCAAGCGUAGAGCAGACUAUUUCAAUGAUGGGGCCAUAUAGAUCCAUGAGGGGUAUGCUUUGCUCGAGUGGUUAUUAGUUGGAUCCAGUGUAUUACACUGGACUGCUUUAUGACGGUCUGGACGGGUGGGGAGUAAAGAGAGGGGGAGCAUUCGAACGGCGUUUCAAAAGGGAUUUAAAAUCUGCAUUACCGAGC